AUGAAAUAUUUCCAGCUAUCUGAAGAUUAUUAAAAUAUUUGCGUAAGGAUGCCCUCAGCUAAGAAAUCAAUUCUGCAAGUUUCCCUUUGACACUGCAUGAAUAACUGACCAGUGCAAAGGAAUCUGACAAAAUGGAACAAAGUUGAAGAGCUUAUUCACUAGUUCUAGGACUAUAUGAUCAACUUUUCACAAGAUGGAAGACUUCAAAGGGAAAUCAGUUUUCAUCUUUCAAAAAUUCUGCAGCAGAGUCAUCCCUCAUUACAAAGAUAAGCAAAAAGCCUCAGCGAAUCUUCUGUAAUCAAAUAUUUGCAGGACUGGAGCCAUCUAAUUUGGUGAAGAGAGAGGACUGUACAAUGGCGCAUUAUUACUGUCAACUCUUAUUCUUGGGAUUUACUCUUCUUCAAUCUUACAAUGUCUCAGGAUAUGGUCCAAACCAAAGGGCACAAAAAAAGGGAGACAUUAUACUGGGAGGUCUUUUCCCAAUACAUUUCGGAGUAGCUGCAAAGGAUCAAGACUUAAAAUCUAGACCAGAGGCAACAAAAUGUAUUCGGUACAAUUUUAGAGGAUUCCGAUGGUUGCAGGCAAUGAUAUUUGCAAUUGAGGAGAUCAACAACAGUAUGACAUUUCUGCCAAAUAUCACGCUUGGAUAUCGGAUAUUUGAUACAUGCAAUACAGUAUCCAAAGCUCUGGAAGCAACACUGAGUUUUGUAGCCCAGAACAAAAUAGACUCCCUGAACUUGGACGAGUUCUGUAACUGUUCUGAUCAUAUACCAUCUACCAUAGCAGUUGUGGGAGCAACAGGAUCUGGAAUUUCAACUGCUGUAGCCAAUCUUUUGGGAUUAUUUUACAUUCCACAGGUUAGUUAUGCCUCUUCAAGCAGGCUCCUGAGCAACAAGAAUGAGUACAAGGCUUUCCUUCGCACAAUCCCCAACGAUGAGCAACAGGCCACAGCAAUGGCUGAGAUUAUCGAGCAUUUCCAGUGGAACUGGGUGGGAACUCUUGCAGCCGAUGAUGAUUAUGGCCGUCCAGGAAUAGAUAAAUUUCGGGAAGAGGCUGUUAAGAGGGACAUCUGCAUUGACUUUAGUGAGAUGAUUUCCCAGUACUAUACACAAAAGCAGCUGGAGUUCAUUGCAGAUGUUAUUCAGAAUUCCUCAGCCAAAGUAAUUGUCGUCUUUUCAAAUGGCCCUGACUUGGAACCACUAAUACAAGAAAUAGUUCGGCGAAAUAUAACUGAUAGAAUAUGGCUGGCAAGUGAAGCGUGGGCUAGCUCCUCACUGAUAGCCAAACCAGAAUACUUCCAUGUUGUUGGUGGAACCAUUGGAUUUGCACUAAGGGCAGGACGCAUCCCAGGAUUCCACGAGUUUUUAAAGCAGGUUCAUCCCAGCAGAUCCUCUGAUAAUGGAUUUGUCAAGGAAUUCUGGGAGGAGACAUUCAACUGUUACUUCACUGAGGAAUCUCUAACGCAACUGAAAAAUUCCAAAAUGCCAUCCCAUGGAUUAGCAUUGCAUGAUGACAGUGCUAAAGCUGGGCAUUCCAGAAGGACAACGUUAAGGCGUCCAUGCACUGGAGAAGAAAAUAUCACGAGCGUAGAGACCCCAUACCUGGAUUAUACUCAUCUCCGGAUUUCAUAUAAUGUCUAUGUAGCAGUGUAUUCUAUUGCUCACGCUCUGCAGGACAUCUAUUCCUGCACACCCGGGAAGGGCAUUUUUGCAAAUGGAUCAUGUGCAGAUAUAAAAAAAGUUGAGGCAUGGCAGGUCCUCAAUCAUCUGUUGCAUUUGAAGUUUACAAACAGCAUGGGCGAGCAUGUCGAUUUUGAUGAUCAGGGUGAUCUCAAGGGAAAUUACACAAUUAUCAAUUGGCAAUUGUCCCCUGAGGAUGAAUCUGUGGUGUUUCAAGAAGUUGGCAACUACAAUGCAUAUGCUAAACCAAGUGACAGACUCAACAUAAAUGAAAAGAAAAUCCUAUGGAGUGGAUUCUCUAAAGUGGUUCCUUUUUCCAACUGCAGCCGAGAUUGUGUGCCUGGCACCAGAAAGGGGAUAAUUGAGGGGGAACCCACCUGCUGUUUUGAAUGUGUAGCAUGCGCAGAAGGUGAAUUUAGUGAUGAAAGUGAUGCAAGUGCAUGUACAAAAUGUCCUAAUGAUUUCUGGUCAAAUGAGAAUCAUACAUCAUGCAUAGCCAAGGAGAUUGAGUACCUGUCAUGGACUGAACCUUUUGGAAUUGCUCUGACAAUAUUUGCCGUGCUAGGAAUAUUGAUCACUUCCUUUGUUUUGGGAGUAUUCAUUAAGUUCAGAAAUACUCCAAUUGUGAAAGCAACCAACAGAGAGCUCUCCUAUCUCCUGCUUUUCUCUUUAAUUUGUUGUUUCUCCAGCUCAUUGAUCUUCAUUGGUGAACCCAAAGAUUGGACAUGUAGAUUGCGUCAACCUGCAUUUGGAAUCAGCUUUGUAUUGUGCAUUUCUUGCAUUCUGGUGAAAACAAAUCGUGUGCUAUUAGUCUUUGAGGCCAAGAUCCCAACUAGCCUCCAUCGAAAGUGGGUGGGCCUCAAUUUGCAAUUUUUAUUGGUUUUCCUCUGUAUCCUUGUGCAAAUUGUUACUUGCGUCAUUUGGCUUUACACAGCACCCCCUUCAAGUUACAGAAAUCAUGAGCUAGAAGAUGAAAUCAUUUUUAUUACGUGUGAUGAAGGCUCCUUAAUGGCACUUGGUUUUCUCAUUGGUUACACAUGUCUCCUUGCUGCUAUUUGCUUCUUUUUUGCCUUUAAGUCCCGGAAACUCCCAGAGAACUUCAACGAGGCCAAAUUUAUUACCUUCAGCAUGCUGAUAUUUUUCAUUGUCUGGAUCUCAUUCAUUCCUGCUUAUGUCAGCACCUAUGGGAAAUUUGUUUCAGCUGUAGAGGUCAUUGCCAUACUUGCAUCAAGUUUUGGGUUACUUGGAUGCAUUUAUUUUAACAAGUGCUAUAUUAUUUUGUUCAAGCCGUCAAGGAAUACCAUUGAAGAAGUCAGAUGCAGUACAGCUGCCCAUGCUUUUAAAGUAGCAGCGAGGGCAACUUUGCGACGCGGCACUUUGUCUCGUAAGAGGUCCAAUAGCUUAGGUGGUUCAACUGUAUCAUCGCCAUCAUCUUCAAUCUGUAGCAGAAAUGCCCACGAUGAACCAAUUACCAUGGAGAUGCAGAGGUGCAGCAAGCAGAAGGUCAGUUUUGGCAGUGGAACUGUCACCUUAUCUCUGAGUUUCGAGGAAACUGGAAGGUAUGCAACUGUUAGCAGGAACAUGAGAAGGAGAAAUUCAAUGGAUGCCAAAAAUAGUGAUGAUAUUUUGAUGAAGCACAACGUUUUGAUUCCCCUUCAGAACUGUGACACAGGAAAUGACACACGAUGCAAGGUAACAGGAAAGAAUGGGUCAGGAACUCUUGAGUCUCUGGAUGACAGCAAAGAAUGUACCAAAGUGCUGAAGAAGUCUCCUCCAACACUUCAAUAA